AUGUCUGACUGUCAUGGUAUUUCUUUAAGUUUACUUGAAAUAUGGGCGACUCCGUCACCAUUGAGAUGUAGUCGUCGAUGUGACAUGCACUGUUUUGUUAAAUCAAUUGUAAGAACGCCUAGUUGGAAUUUUUUUCCAGAUGGAAAAAGUGGAAAUACAGCCAUGAUUCAAUUUUUUGCAUUGAAAAAGGGUUCAAUGUCUCAAUAUACGAGCGGAGUCACAUGUAAGAGGCGAAUGGCAUUUAGCACGUUGUGGAGGACACAGCGUUAAGUAGUCCUGAAAAUUUCAGAUCCAACUACUGUGUUUACAAAGGAAAAUCGGCGUGUUUAUUGCGAUUUUUUUUCCUUAUUUCUGUAACAACAAACAGCUCUAAAAUACUCCUUUCGUAAUUUUUUCUGUCAUAAUAAAAAAUAUGUAUAUUUCAAAAGCAUACCAUUGGAUAGCACUUGAAAUUCUCUACCACGUGAGCGGGUCAGAAUAUCCAGACAGGUGAAGCCAGUCGUUAAAGAUAUGGAAAAGAAGCGUUUGGAUGUUAUCUAUGCAGCACAGUGUGUGAUAAUCACAAGAACUUCUUUGUUUUGGAUCUUUUAGUAAAAGCUGAACCCAAUCUGAAUACUGCUUUGAAUAGGCCGAAGAUUUUUCUAUGAAAUGAGGUGCAUAUCGACAUUUCAUGAGAAAAGUUGAUAAUAGGGUUUCUGGAAAACCAAGUCCAUGGUUUUUGGUCAGAAAAUUUUCCAAACCAUAUAGCCUGAUAGAGCAUAGAAUUCUGAACACAUUAAGACGCCUCCCGGCUGUCCGAAAUGCUUUGUCACCGUAAUGUUUUGGUGACAAACAUUGGUGGUGUGCGUGAAAACAUCGAUAUCUUGAAGUCUCAGGGCUUUGUUCAUCAUCUUGUAGAGGAAACAUUCUCUCGUGUACCACCAGACCAUGGUUUUUGGU